CAGGCUACAACGGCAAUCCGGUCAUCGCGCAAGAGUUGCGUCCACGGGUUCAAGAGUACUGUAAUGUUCACGGAUUUGCCCCCAUCCGCAUGCGAAAUAGCCAACAGACCGCAGCGUACACCGCUCAGAGCAUCUUCACCAACCUCAAAGUCAACGUAUAGGAGCAUUUUAUGCAAAUGUUUCUGCGCUAUGUCAAUGAACGGCUUGGUUUGAAGCAAGUUGUACUGCAUCUCCGGAGAGCGCAGCGGCAACACUAUUAUCGUUGUGUCCGCCAAUUCACAAAGUACGCGACAUUUGAAGAGUACCCAACGGAAGAGGAGCUUGCCGGCCUCACACGACUUGAGCGGACUCUCCUCGACGAGUUAUGGGCUCUGUUUCCUCCCCAGGAUGAGCCGCUUGCGUACAGCCUUGCGGUGGACGCAAUGCCAUAUUUAGGUGCCUAUUGUGAGCUCUCACGCCUCUAUGAGCGCCGUGGAAUGCAGCUGUUUUCCGCUAUCCCGCUGCGCAAAUCUCGAAUCCAGUCAUCUGUUCGGAUCGACACGCUGAUCCUAGGCACUCAUAUCCUGGAUAUCGGCCAACGUCGCAUGGGGAAACUCACUGAUGAACGCAAGCAGGAGCUGUGGGGGCAGUUCCUCAAUGUGAAUGACAAGGUCUUCAAACAUCGAAAGAAGCUUGGUCUCAAGUUCGAUGGGUCAAUUAGCACCGACGGGUAUUCCGCUACCAUCCACUUCAAGAAGCCAGGGCUCAAGUACGGCCAUCGCGCCCGGAAGCGCAGCAAAGCCCAAAUGCAGGAAGAAGUCAAACAGCUGUAUUUUGAGCACCACAUUGACGACUUAAGGGAGGCUUCAAACAUCGUCUGCAUUGAUCCGGGCAAGCGUGACCUCCUAUUCUGUUGAGACAACAAGAAGGAGCGGCCAUUUCGGUAAGUUUCAGUUGAUUACUACUGCCCUGCUGUCCCCACCAUCCCCCCCCC